CUCUGCCCAGCGAGCUCCCAGCGAUCCUGCCCCUGGACCCAUGUCCCCGCGCAGCGCAGCGCCCGAAGCGGCGCAGAGCUACAGCUCCAGGCUGGGCGCGCUCAGGAAAACCGGGGAGGCCGCUGAGCUGCGGAAGACCCUCAAGCCGCUGAUGGAGAAGCGCAGACGAGCCCGCAUCAACGAGAGCCUGAACCAGCUGAAGACCCUCAUCCUGCCGCUCAUCGGCAAAGACAGCUCGCGCUAUUCCAAGCUCGAGAAGGCGGAUAUUCUGGAGAUGACCGUGCAGUUCCUCAGGGAGAUCCCUGCUCCCAGCCCCCCCCCCCCCGACCCCGCCGAGAGUUACCGGGAAGGAUACCGAGCCUGCCUGUCUCGCCUCACCAGCCUGCUGGCAAAGUCCCACCUCCUGGGCAGAGACUCAUGCAGCCACCUGCUGGAGCACCUGCAACGGACCAGCACUGAGCCCAGCAGCUGCCAGGACUGCAGCAGCCCCACAGACUCAUGCCCAGCCUGGCGGAGGGCAGUGCCAGCCAGCCCGGCCAGGGGGCUGCGGGAGGUCUCGCCCCCUCACCCCCGAGCUGCAAAUCCAGGCAUCUGGAGGCCCUGGUAGAGCGGCGGACUCUGCACACCUCUGCCUGUACAUAGGGGAGCCCAGCUAUUUAUUUGUACAUUGAUCGCCCUCUUCCUCCCCGGUGUAAAUACCAUAUACAGCCCCUGCCAGAGCCCGGCCUGAGCCGGGACAGCUCAGCACUUGGUCCCAGUGCGGGUGACAAGGCAGCGGAAGUGGAACCUGGUAAACCCAAAGGGUUGGCUCCUGGGCCUGUGAACUGCACACUGCUUGCUUGGCCAGAGGCUGACUGGCCCUUGCUACGGAGUCACUAGAGUUUAAUA